AUCAUGACUUUCAUCUGAAUAAUUAAAAGCCACAAUCGAGGCUCGACAACAUUACCUGACACCGGCGUAGCAUUGACGAUAUAAAUAAGUUAUUCAAUAUUAUGGACAUGCUGAAGGAAACAUUAAGAAGAACAUAGCCAUUCAUGUGAUCGAAUGAAGAGACGGAAUGAAGAAUUAGUUGAUAGAAGGAAGACAAGCUGAGAAGUAGUUGCCGAACAAGUCUUUCACAAUCUACCUCUACUCAAUAAUAAUGACGUUUUUCCAUUUUGGAAACUGCUUGGCGCUUGCCUACGGACCUUACUUCCUCACCUACAAAUACUCGGGAAUGACAGAGUAUGGGGCAUUCUGGAAGUGUGUCCAGGUGGGUGGCAUGUACCUUCUUGUUCAGCUUUGCAAGAUGCUGCUGUUGGCCACUUUCUUCCCAACUUUGGAUGGUCCUUUAGAGGCUUCUGGACUUUUCACUGAGCUUGUAAAGACAACAGUAGACUUUGGUGAUGUGAUGGGAAUGAGUGUGGUGCUGAGCCGAGUCCCAGGUGCUGGUCACAUCAAGGUGCUCAUUACAGGCCUAGGUUGGGCUGCAGCAGACUUACUCCUAACACGAGCACUGCCACUGUGGGUGGGUGCACGUGGUCUUGAAUUUGACUGGAAGUACAUUCAAAUUAGCCUUGAUGCUAAUAUAAGCUUGGUCCAUCAUCUUAAUUUGGCACUCCUGGUAUGGCUGUGGUGGCGUGUGGACCUGGCGCCUCCUGUGCGCCCUAUUGCAGCAGUGUUACUUGCUGGCUGUGUUUAUCGGCCAUUGCUGCCACAAGUGCUAGCCCUGCUGCUGGGCUCUCAACCAGCAGGAUUUACACUCUUAGCUGCCAAUGCCACAACUACAUUAUGCACAGCCCUUAUUGCGUCACAUAUGUUUAUUACACACACCUGUGGUUAGUGCUAACCUUGAGCUGCUGGUAUGUUGACUCAGGCCAAGUGAAUUACUUUUUUUUUUUUUUUUUUUUUUUUUUUUUUUUUUUAAGCCAGUAGGCCUACAUGUAAAGUUUUCUGUUUAAAACAUAUAUACUUAUGUCCAGCUACCAUCUCUAUCCAUAAAUUUGGAAAAUUUUUAAGGCUCCCUACUAACUCUGCAUUACACCAAAUUACUGCAUUCAUUCCAGUCAUCUACCACGCUGUUUGAGAUCAGGUUUCUCCUUUAUACAUCAAAUUUUAUUAAGACUGUAUUUAGUAUGUGUUCUAUCCUGAUUACUAACAUUAAAGGUCUUAUUUUCAUUUUUCUAGUUAUGAACUAUUUUGUUAUUUGUCCUCGUGGUUUUGUAAAUAAAAGUCUGUACUUUUCUUUCUACCAAAAUAGCCUUGUAUUUCAAAGUUUCUUAAAAGUGGAAAGUGAAUAAGAGUUUCCCAAAUAAAAUAGAAAAUCAAGUUGUUUAAGUUGAAGGAUGAAAUUAAAGAAAUGUAGUAAUGUGGAUGAAAUUUCAGAUUGAUUGGUAAAAUAUCAAAGUAAUAUGUUUUGAAUUGAGAAAUUGAUGUAGAGAUGAAAUAUGAUAAAUGAUGUAGUAAGGUGCAAAGAGAAAGGAGAGGAGUUUGGCCAUAGGUAACAAAUAGUGAUUGCAAGGAUAAGGUUAUAUAAGAUAUUGACUACACUGUAUGAGAGAAUUAAAAACAGAGUAAGGAAAAAUCAAAGAGAAGGAGAUUGAAUAUAAUAGCAAUAAAUUAUCUGAAAUAAGUGUGGAGCAUACACAUGGAUUGAAUGAGGAAUGACAUGCAAGAAAGUGAAGGCAUUUGCCCUCUCAUUGAAGGAAUGUACAGACAAGAAGUAGUAUUGUGGGUUAGGCCUCAUCUUUUACAAUUAGUUAUAUAUAGGAUGGCUGAGUAUUUUUCAGAUCAUUGUCAAGACACUGGGAAAGAGCAUGGUGCCAUCUACAUGAUCAGUUACGCAAUGUGAUUAUGAAGCACAGCCUCAAAACCUUCCCCAAAACUGAUCAUGUAAACAGGAACACUGAAUCACUCAAACUUAUUGGGUACUGAUGAGCAGGAGUUGUAUAUUAGCAUGGCCACCUGGACAUGUCACUCAUGCUCUGCUGUAAACAGUAGGCAUAAGGAGUUUGCUUGUUCUGACAAUUCUGACCAGUAAUCAACAAAUGUCAUGGGUGCCUUUUGAGUGGACCAACUUCUUGACAUAUAACUACUCAAAUUAUACAGAGAUUCACCAUGUCUAUAGAACAUUGAUGUUAAGAAUGUAAAAAUAAAUGAAAAGUACAAAG